UUUCAAGUUUCAACACAAACCCCGAACCCAACGCCAAAACUUAAACCACACACUCACUCUCUCUCUCUCUCUCUCUCUCUCUCUCUCUCUUUCUCUCUCUCUCAGAGACACACAGACACAGACACACACACUCACAGAGAGGGGAGACAAGACAAGCUUGGGUGAGUUGUCUUGGGGGUAGUUAAACAUGGGAAGCAGCAGAGAAUGAGAGUGAGUUGUGGUGGUAGCAGACUAGCUAGCAGUAAUAACAAUUAUUGGCAGCAAUCAUGUCGAUACUAUCGUGCUCCUCCGAGUGUUUAUCCGAUGACCUGCUUUGCGGUGAGCAAGGGUCCGAAAUCUUGUCCGGUGAGUCGUCUCCGGCGGAGUACUCGUCGGACUUGGACUCCUCGGCUUGUAGCGAAGAGUCCAUAGCCGAGUUCAUCGAGGACGAGCGUAACUUCGUUCCUGGGUUCGAUUACCUCGCUAGGUUUCGCUCUCAAUCCCUCGAUGCUUCAGCUAGAGAACAAUCGGUUUCGUGGAUUCUCAAGGUUCAAGCAUAUUACGGAUUCCAGCCAUUGACGGCGUACCUCGCCGUUAACUACUUGGAUCGGUAUCUUUAUUCUCGCCGUUUGCCGCAAACAAAUGGGUGGCCAAUGCAACUGUUAUCUGUAGCUUGCUUAUCUUUAGCGGCUAAAAUGGAGGAACCUCUGGUUCCUUCUCUAUUGGAUCUUCAGGUGGAAGUAGCCAAACACAUUUUUGAGCCUAGAACGAUUCAAAGGAUGGAGCUUCUUGUGCUUAGUGUUUUGGAUUGGAGACUACGAUCCAUAACACCAUUCAGCUUCAUUGCUUACUUCGCAUGCAAGCUUGAUUCGGCAGGAACUUAUGCUGGUUUUUUAGUUUCAAGGGCGACUGAAAUCAUUUUAUCUAAUAUUCAAGAGGCUAGCUUUCUUGAGUAUUGGCCAUCAUGCAUUGCUGCCGCAGCCAUACUUUGUGCAGCUAGUGAAAUUCCAAAUUUGUCUCUUGUUAAUCCUGAACAUGCUGAAUCAUGGUGUGAUGGACUACACAAAGAUAAAAUCAAUGGUUGCUACCAGUUAAUGCAAGAAUUUGUUCUUGACAAUAACACCAGGAGGAAGCCCUCAAAAGUGUUGCCACAGCUUCGAGUUACAAUUUGUACUAGAAUGAGGUCCAGUGAUUCAUCGUCAUCAUCAUCGUCAUCAUCACCAAAUAAAAGGAGAAAAUUAAACAGCUACUUAUGGGUAGAUGAUGACAAAGGAAACUCGGAGUAAUGGAAAAAAAAAGGUGGGAAAAAAAUUAAAAAAAUAAAUAAAAAAGCAAAGAGACCUCAAUAGUUUUUGGAGGGUCUUUUUUUUUGGAGAUCAAAAAUUGACUAGAGUGAUGGGUGUAGAUUAUAGUAUAUAUAAUGUAUGUAUCAGAGUUUGGUGAGUUUGGAAAAGUUUACUAAUUUUUUGUUCUUAGUGGGGAUGGCCAUUCAUUAUUAAUGGCUUUGCAGAUUCCCAAGGGAGAAGGAGGGGAAUCGAUUGUUAUAUAAAUAAGUAUUUUGGUGAAUGGGAAAGUGGGGAAAGUUGAAGAAACAAUGUUGUUUUUAAUAGUGGAGUCAUGGAGUGUGAAAGAAGUGGGUGAUUGAAUUCAAAGGCAGCAUUGAUUGUUGAAUGAAAGGAAGGCUUUGGUGGGGGCCAAAUUUUUAUAGGGUUUGGGAUGAUGAAAAAGAUCAUAGGGGGUUUGGCAAAGAUGAGAGAUUCAAGUUUGAAAGUUUGAGAUGUGUUUAAGGGGUUUAUAAGUCAAGCUUCUCAUCUAUCUACCAUCAUUGCUUCAACUUCUGCGUCUUUUCAUGAUAAGGAGGAGAUGAAAAUGAAUGAAUGAAUAAGAAAUCAAUCGGCUCCAUUUUGUAGACUUUUUUUUUUUUUUUCUUUUCUUUUGGAGUGGUAUGUGUGCACACGCUUUAGUUGUGUAGCACACACGUGUGUAUGUGUGCUUUUUUGGCGGGAAAUGUCCCCUUUUUUUUCUUUUUUUUGGCCUUGAGCUUUUGGGCUAACCUUACUGAAUGAGGGGUGUUCAUACGUGUAUGUUGGUUACACGUGUGUAUACUUUUUUUUUUUUGGUGAAAUUUUUUAUUUGUUUUUCUUUGGAGAGGAGAAAAUAAACCUCUUUCUUCAUGGCCUAAAUUAAUUAAGUUUGGCCUAACAAAAUAUAUAUACAAAAGGUCUUUGGGGCCUUUCAUGCGUGUUGUAUUUGAUUCAUCAUCAAUAUAAUAAUUUGUAGAUCUCUCUCUCU